UGGACAUGACAAUGCGGGGAAAACAGGACCAGGAAAGAGACGAGUGACAAGAUGGCGGAUUAGCCAGUGAACCGUGGUUGGGACAGACAAACAGACAGAUAGCGUAUUUGAGUCUCACCUCACGAAAUAUUUGCAAGGAUGCAUAUAACAGGACAUAUAAGUGAGCCAACCGUAAAGGGUUACGAGAGACUUUAUUUCCAACUUUAGAGGAGCGGUACCUGAUCUACAUUUGGAGAAGGCAGAGCGAUUUGGUGCCAUGGCUUCAAACAAAAAGAUAUUCAAGUUGAUGUUAUUGAUAACAACGUUUGUAGUCCUCUUUACGCACAUGAUCUACUUUCGCGUUAAGCUCAGCGAUGUAGCAGACAACAUCGUCGACUUUUUUGAAGUGUAUCCACCUUCAUCAAUCAAUUUAUCUUACUGUCCUUCGUCUGGAAAUAUCAAAACAUUUAAUGAACAAUCGUACAUCCUAUCGCAUUUACUGAUAGGGCACUGGAAAACACGUUCUUUGACAAAAAAGGAAGAUGAAGACAUAUUGAACUUUCUGUCUGACGUAAAUGUCCGUUACACCUUAUCAAAGAAUUAUCAAAGGAUUGAUGGUCUCUGUGGAAAUGUUACCCACACAGGAUCUAAAACUGCUGAGUGGAUAAGAGCCUUGUGUGAUCCUAAAGGAACAACCCCGUGCUGCUUCAACAAUAAAUGUGCUGUGAAGUCUGUGGAGGAAUGUGUGUGUCCUGAUUGCUAUGACAUGCGGAACCAGAAACAUGCUGAAUAUUCCACCUGGAUCCCUUUAGACCCAAGAUAUGGCUACAAGGAACACAGCCCCCAUGAAGCUUGCAGCAUCCUCAGUGGCAGCACCAUUUUGUUUGUUGGCGAUUCUCUAGUUCGUCAUGUAUAUACAGCUAUGGUACUGCUUGUUACAGGGAAUAUGAAAGAUGGUGCUAUGAAUGAUAAUGUUCCACAGGAUGUUAGAAACGAGUGUAGUGGAAUGUAUAUGUUCACAGAAAAGGUGUGUCGACUGCAUCUGAAGUUCAGACUUGAUGCUUGCAAUGGAAGAGUCAACCUCGAAAUGAAGUAUUUAUUUUCUGCGAGUUUUGGAAAAAAAAUGAAACGAAUUAUUGCAAAAUUAAAUAGCAAGUCAUUACUUUUCACAGGUAUAGGCAUUCACAAUAAUUUUAAUCAUACUGAUGUUCAAAGACUGUUUCUGUUACCAACGCUAUACUACAAAGACAUCAAUAAGAGACCUUGGCCCAAAAUGCUGUGGGCAGCGAGUCAUGCUCCAGGUAUUAUGAAGUCCCCGAAAGUGUUGGCCCAGGAUUAUGACAGUGUCAAACGCUACAAUGAUAAUAUGGAACCUUUCCUAAGACGGUGGAAAGUUCCUGUUUUUAAUACCUUCAACAUGACCGAUGGAAUGACGAGUUUUGAUGGCCAACAUUAUGGACUUGGGAUGAAUGUGGCGAAAGCAAAUGUAAUACUGAGUUACCUAAAUGAAUUGAAAAAUAUAGGAUUGUGGUGAAACAUGUUGUAGGCCCUUAUUCAUGCUAAUUUGAUUUGAGUUUAUACAGAAAGGAAAAACAUACCAUUAAUACCUGUAAUUAUUUAACUUUUGCUGUGUUUUGUCUGAAAUCAUAUACAUGAACACGAAUGUAUCAUUAUUGCUUCUACUCGCUAUACAUAUAGUAUUAAAUACGGAAUGUUUUCCUGUUUGAAAUAUAUGUGGACCUUACAUAUACAUGACAAAUUACAUUUGCAUAAUUAUGUUAAAUUGGCUUAUCCCCAAGUGUGAGAAACGUGCAUCAUGUUGUGAUUGACUUGCACAGCAUCACUCUGAGUGUGAGUGAGUGAGGUAAUGCUUUACGUCACAUCGGCAAUAUUUCAGCCAUAUCGUGACGAGA